AUGACCUUCACGUUAUUGUUUCUGCCCAAAAUAAUAGAUGAUGUGGCGCGCGGAUCAAUAGGGAAGCCUUUGUCAAAUGCCACUCAAAUCGUCACGACAAAACGGGAAGGGAGAAAACCCGCAACUUCUUUGCUGAAGGAUGUCGUGCGUUCAGCCGAAAAUUCGCAGCUCGAGCGACCCGUUGCCGACGAUGCCAAGGACCUGUUGUACGAGGCUGAAAAACACGGGGGUUACGUGGACAUUCCGAGCCUCAUCGAAAUGUUCAAUACUGCAGCAUUACUCUACCGACAUGGCACCACUGCUAAAGCAUUCCUCUACCCAUAAACACGAUGGGGUUCUCACGAAAUCUCCCAUUCUUUUCUUCUUCUUUUUUUUUUUUUAAGGCAAGGGACGAAGACAUUUGCCAAACAAUAAAAGACACUUGCCAAUAAAAACGUUUGAUGUA